GUUUUGGACACCUGUUCUUUCACACGCCUCUACUGCCGAUGACAAUCAUCCCUUCGGAUCCAAUCGCAUCUUCUUCUAUAAAAUGUGAACCAAACUUUGUCCCGAAGAGAAUCUAACAUGACGCAGAGAGGCCAAGGUGGUAUAAAUCAAUUGGGUGGUUCAUUCGCUAAUGGAAAACCACUGCCUUUCCACAUCCGUUUUCGUAUUCUGGAACUGGCUCUCUAUGGUUAUCGACCUUGUGACAUCUCACGUCAUCUUCUGGUAUCUCAUGGAUGUGUUAGCAAAAUUUUAGCUCGAUUUGCCGAAACUGGAUCUAUUCUACCUGGAGCUAUAGGAGGAAGUAAACCUCGAGUUUCAACUCCAUUAGUAAUCAGUAAGAUAAGACAGUAUAAAGCCGAAAAUAGCGCCCUAUUCGCAUGGGAAAUCAGAGAACGUCUCCUGUAUGAAGGAGUAUGUCCUACAGAUUCCGUUCCUAGUGUAUCUUCCAUUAACAGGAUACUUCGAAGGUCUUUCAGGAGUUCUCCUGAUAAUUCUGUACAAAAUGAACAUGGAAAAAUUAUUAAGACUGAACCUUCGCGAAGAACAUUCCUGAUUAAAGAUAUAUUAGAUUUACCUUCAUCGCCUAAAAAAGAAUCGAAGUAG